CAGUUUUUUUUUUGGAACAGUUUGUAUAAAAAAAGGUUACGCGAGAUAACAAAGAAAAACAGUUUUGUUUAAUAGCAGCAACAAACAAACCAAAAGAUUAAAAGAAAAUUAAAAAAAGGGAAGAAGAGGAGGCAUGAGAAAGAGAACGUGACAACACACGAGUUGGACGGUUUCUUGUUAAGACAAACCACGACCGUCCUUUCCCUCUCUCUCUCUCUCUCCUCUCUUCCUCUUGUUAGUCAAUCAAUCAAAACUCUCUCUCCCCCCAGAUGUUCUUUCCUUCCCCACGAUUUUGAUUCCAUCCAUGGCAUCUUCCGGAUCUUACUGGUGUUACAGCUGCAGCCGCUUCGUCUGGGUCUCCGACUCCAUCUCCUGCCCCGACUGCGACGGUGGCUUCCUCGAACACAUCCAACAAUCCCUCGAUUUCACACCUCCCUCCUCCUUCCUCCGUCACCACCACCACCACCGCAGCCCCACCCUCUUCCCUCCCCCUUCCUCCUCCUCCUCCUCCGCCAUGCACACGGCCGAGAACAGCCCCACUCCUCCUCCUCCAAGAACCAAUUCAACCAACCGAUCUCCCAACCCCGUCAUCGUCCUCCGCGGUGGCUCCACCAACCCUUCCCAAGCCUUAGACCGAUCCUCCUUCCAGAUGUACUACGACGACGGCACCGACUCUGGUCUCAGACCGUUGCCCCCGACCAUGACCGAGUUUCUCCUAGGCUCCGGGUUCGAUCGUCUCUUAGAUCAGAUCUCUCAGAUCGAACUCACAACAACCAACAACAACAACAACAAUAACAACAACUCAUGUGAUAACCCACCCGCUUCUAAAUCCGCUGUCGAGGCUUUACCCGUGAUCGAGAUCGACCCGACCCAUCUCCAAUCGGAUUCCCAGUCUCACUGCGCCGUCUGCAAAGAGAACUUCGCCUUGAAAUCCGCCGCUCGGGAGAUGCCCUGCAACCACAUCUACCACCCCGACUGCAUCCUCCCCUGGCUCGCCAUCCGAAACUCGUGUCCGGUCUGCCGCCACGAGCUUCCGGCGGAUGACGGAGCGACGACGACGCGCGAAGAGGCGGAGGAGGAGGAGGAUUCCGCGGCGGGGCUGACGAUCUGGAGGUUGCCGGGCGGGGGAUUCGCGGUGGGGAGGAUCCCCGGAGGAUGGAGGGGAGGUGAUAGAGUGAUGCCGGUGGUGUACACGGAGGUCGACGGAGGCGGGAGACUCGGAGACUCCUCCGAGAGGCUUACGAGGAGAGUGGCGUGGGGUUCAAGAAGAGGAGGGAGAGAAGGAGGUGGUGGUGGGAGUAGAGAGAGAUCCGGCGGGUUUGCGGGUCGGAUUAUGAGACUUUUCGGAUGUUUCAGCGGGUCAUCUGGAUCAAUAGCUGCUGGGUCAGGGUCCGGGUCAGGGUCAAGAUCAAUCCGGAGGAGCAGCUCGUCGUUUUCUAUGUUCAGGACAGGUUCUUCUUCGAGGAGACGACAUUAGCUUAUAGAGCUUAAUUAUCUAAAGGUAAUAACAAAACAUUUAUAUAAAAAAAACCCUUUGUUUUAAAUUUUUCCCAUUUGUAAGAUUUUUUUGGUGUUUCUUCAGUGUAAUAAUGAUUAUAUUCUUUAAGAAGAUUUGAAUCUAUGCGAGUAAAAUUGAUACAA